ACCGCACCUAGAUGCAACGUCUAAUUUUAUCAUGUGCGAUCAUUGUCACUUUCACAUUGUUUAUAACCUUAUCUGCUGUUAAAUUAGUGGGAAUGAUACAUUAUAUGUAACAUAGAAUUUACAUAUUUGUUGUGUGUAGAUAUCGAAAUUAUUAGUAUAUUUGCAGCAACAUGUCGUUAACUAUUGAAAAACAAAUUGAAUUGUUAUUAGCUGGAAAUCCUUUAGAAAUUGAUGACACGCACGAAGCUAGCCACGCUGCAUCGAAUGACAUACUAGGUACAAAAGGAGUCCAACCAUUAUCUAAUUAUGUACCCAUUUGCCAAAAAACUGUAACAUAUAUUGUUGCUGCUGUUGUCAUAAAUGAUCAGGACAAAGUAUUAAUGAUGCAAGAAGCAAAAGCUUCUUGUAAUGGAAAGUGGUAUUUACCAGCUGGUAGAGUAGAACCCAAUGAAAAUUUAAUAGAUGCUGUUAAAAGAGAAGUUUUAGAGGAAACAGGUCUUAUAUUGGCACCGGAAACAUUGAUAGUAGUUGAAUGUGCAACCGGUUCAUGGUUUCGAUUUGUUUUUACGGGCAAAAUAACUGGUGGUAAAUUAAAAACAUUAGAAGAAGCAAAUGAAGAAUCAUUGCAAGCAUGCUGGGUGCAUAAUGUAAAUGAUCUUACACUUAGAUCGAAUGAUAUUAUUUCUUUAAUAGAAAGAGGCAAAUAUUAUGUUACAAACAAGGAUAUUUUGCACCAUCCACAUUUAAUUCCAGUUAAUAAAUCAUUGUGCAAACUUAUGUUGCGGCUUACAAUUACUUCAAAGAAAAGGGCAACGAAUCAAUUACAUGUUGUGAUAUCAGAUACAACACCAUUUCAUUUGCCAAUUUGUGAAAUUAAUCCAAAUCGUAGUCUUCUCUCUACCCUACAUAACUUUAUGGAGGAACUAUUUGGUAGUGGAGUUCCACAGCAUAGACCACAUGGCAUAUUGUCUAUAGAAUUCAGUGGGGGUGAAGGAGGAGAUGGACUUUGUGUAACAUUAUUAAUAUCAUUCAAGCUGCCUGUAGAAGAUAUACCUACUAUUGGAAAAUACAUUUGGUAUGAAUUACCUGAAAAUAUAGCUGAAAGUAUAACUCAUCGUCUGCCGCGAAACAUGACCGUGCCUUUAAGCGUCAUACGGUAAUUUAAUAUGCGUACAUUAAUUGCACAUCAUAAGCAUUUCAAAUUUUACAUAUAAAUUUUUGCUCAAAAUAUAUGGUCGAUUAAGUGCUAAAUUUUUCUUUACAUCCAAAAUUGAAAAUUGUUUAGUAGAAUCAAGAUACUAUAAGCUGAAAUACAAGACAGUAGUACCUUAAAGUUUCAGAGAUUAUUUCCAUAAUAUUCAUAUAUAUAAAUUAUUGCAUAUAUUACUAUAAAUCCAUAUUAAAUUUGAUUUACAUA